GACUCAUCGCUUACUUCAGAGUACAUACGACUUGUCCUUGUGCGCACAAAGCGCUUCCUUUGUGUCCUGAGGCGAUCAGGGGUUAUUCUGAUCUUCAAUGACACGUGAUUACCAAUGCCAGAUAACAAAUGUGACGAAUCAUUUGCUCAAAAUAACAGUGAUACUGUGAAGUCAACUCGUCCUUUGCAUGUGAUUACACAAUAUGCGAGAGCGGAUGUUUCUGAAAUGCAUUCGCCUGGCAGACCGACCAGUUUAGGACUAUGUUUAACAAACGCUUCCAAUCUUACAGAUCUCAAGAGCUGUUCCUUAUCGCUUCGUAAUGUUGUAUCUCAAGAAGUUUGUUACCAACCAUGGACCGUCCGAGCUGUAGACACAUCGGAGUUUGAGAAGCUCCUAGGACAUCUUGGCAAUAAUGGUUCUACACCAGUAACUCCAACCAGCUUUUUAAACCCAAACAAUAUAACAGAGGAUCAGGAGUUGUUUGCAGAUUUUUAAAUAAUGUCAAAACAUCAUCGAGCCAAAUCAAGCAGUACCAACAUUUACGACAUAAAUUACUACUAAAUUAUUACUAGUAUAUUAAUGCUCAAAGUUACCGGUUAAUGUAUUUUACUUAUUCUUCUAGCAAUUUUUCUCGAACUUUGAACAAAGUUAAAGCUGAACAAGAGGGAUGGACAAUAAUUCCAAAUUCAUCAUCUUUCGAUAGUGUUAUUACUGAAUCAACAAGCUCUUCCUUUGAAAAGCAAGUCGAGUCAAACCGAAAUAUUUCCAUAUCUUUUAUGGAGAGUUACUCUACCGGUGCUGAAACUUUAAAUUCCAUAAAGUCAGAAAGCGAUCAAAUAAAUCCACCCGUACACGUUUCCGACCCAAUGAAAAUAAAUUCACCAAAUUUAACCGAUGAACCACUGGUAUUACUAAGCGGUACGUCAAAUGAAAAUCGUACGGGACCCCAAUCCGGUGUCAAUUCAAUACGAAAACAUAUCGCAAGUUCCAAAUGCAGCUCCUCAACCUCUGAUCCAUUCCAAGAAAACUUUUAUUCCAAUAUCCUAUCAAUUUCUAAUUCAAAUCCUAAUAAUAUCCAUAGGACAAAUACAGAAAUCCAUUGGGUGGCUAGUCUGCCUACUAUUUCAUCUAUUGCUAGUGGGUUAAAACAAGCUGUUGCAGAUCGUAGUUGCGGUUCUACAGAUUUCUGUUCAAAUUUAGACUCACUUUCUUCGGAAUCACGCUUUACAAAUUCAGUUUAUCCUCAUGAUAGUAUGGGAUCUCAUAGAAUAGCAGAAAAUGUUUUGACAUCAACUGAAAAUAUUUUAUGUAAUAAUGAUAAUAACGACCCAGUUCAUUGUAGAUUAUCACAGAAAUUACCACUUUUAACCCCGUGUACUCCUGAACAACAGGCUUCUGAUAUACUUGUUCAUUACGCUAUUCAAGAGAAUCACAAUGCUGUUCAGAUGAACGGUUCAUGCAGUGAAGGCCUUGGUGAUGACAUGGUAGCAUCAUCAUCUAGUUCAAGAUUGUGUGCCAAUGAUUCAUCUGAUUUCGGGAUAAGAAAUGCUCUCAAUGAACUAUAUUCUUCUGUUCGUCCAACUCUAUCUAAUGUUGGGGAGUGUAGAAUUUUAACACCUGUUUUAUCAUCAAUUCCUGAAUCAACAUCAACUGAUGGUAAUCCAUGUAGUGAAAGUACACAAAAACCUCCUGCUCAUAUUUAUGUUAGCUGUCAGUCGACUACACCUCGAGAUAGUUCAAAUCACCUGUUAGAUAAUCAUUUGAACCCAACUUCCAUCGCUAGUCAGUCACCUGGCUCUUCAGGUAUUCAUAACAGUGACAGCAUGUUAAACAGAAAUGAUAUCUGCCUAUCGCGUCCACCGGAGUCUCAUACCAAUGGAAAUUUACACAGUCAACAGUUCGAUGGAAUGUAUUGUACACUUGGUAACCACUUUUCUGAUAAGUCAUUGUUACUCCAAUCAAACAGUAGAUUUACAACGACCAGUCAUUUAAUUCCAUGUACUAAUUCUGUAUGUGAUUCCUUUCUAGAUACUCAUAUGUUACAAAGUUUGAGGUCACCUGGAAUACUAAGUACUGAUAUAAAGCAGGGGUCUGUUAGUUCUGUGUUUAAUCUCACGCCAAUUUCUUCAUUUUUAUCUGAUGAAAAUAAUGGUGAUCUUGAUCAGAGAAAUAAUUAUUUUCAACAGUUGUCAAAUUCUAAGUCAGAUAAAAUUGAUAUAACUUCAUUUCCUGCAGUAACCAGCUGCUUAAAUCCUUUUCCUGUUGAACCAUUAUCAUUAGUUACUAAUUCAAACUGUCUCAAAAAAUCUAAACGUCAUGGUGCAGGGAAUAAAAAGUCACGUAUGAAUACUUUGAAUACUAAUUCUGGAUUGCCAGUUGUUUGCGAUAGUAGUACAGACAUAAUACCAACCCAAGGUAUGUUUAAUGAUCCAAGUAAAAACAGUGUAAAGCGACCACGUAACUUAACGGGACGCGGAAGCUCAGAUGUGUCUGGUAAAAUUCCUUCUAGUGUUUAUAAUAGUGAGAAUUAUUCAACUGCAAACCAACAAGCAUAUCGCGGAGAUUCUAAUAAGUGUUUUACCGGUAAAGUUGAAUCUUUGGUGAUUGAUGAUGCGGAUGAUAGUAGUAAUCAUUCAGAAUCACUUAGCACAGGAACUCGUCAUGCUGUUGGAGAUAGCACUCCAGUGUCGCCUUCAGAUGAAGUUGAACAGCAUCAUUUAAAAUUGGAAAGAAAGCGUGCUCGUAAUCGUGUUGCUGCACGUCGUUGUCGUGAACGUAAAAUAUCACUUAUCAGAUCGUUAGAAAAUCAAGUAGCUGAACGUGACGCCCAAGUAAGAAAUUUAGAGGAUACACUUGCUCGGUAUAGAGCUGAAAGUGAACAAUUAAGAUUACAUGUAGAAAUGCUAGCUAGCUCAUACCCUAGUUUAAAAGCUGAAUUAUAUCGGUUCCCUUUUCUUUUCCAACCAUCAUCGUCGCAUACUCAACCGCCACCACCUCAACAGCAACAACAAGCUUCUAAUCAAACUACUCCAUUAAAAUCGGAACUUCCCGAUACAUCAUCGUCAAAGCAUUUCACUUGAAAAAGGUUGGAUAAUUACAACUAACAAUACCGUUGAUAUAUUUUUAUAGUUCCUAUGACACAAAGUUGUAAGACUUCUUUUUACUCCGCUUGUUUGUUUUUGUUACGACAUUUUAGUCUACAAGCCAUAUUUUCUCACUUUUCGUUUUUUCAUAAUGAUUCCUAUACUUUUUAAUUUUUUUAAAGAAAAAUGCUAUUUUUAGGUUCUAAUGAUGAACGAACCACAUGUAUACAUACGUACAUCAUACUUUUCUACAAAUCAUUUCACACAUUUCCUUUCUAUCCUAUGUCUAUUGUCUCCUAGUUGUCUCUGGAAAAUUAUGUGUACUUUUCAGUCUGGUUUUUCAUCUAUUCUAACGUAUUUAAUUCAUUUAAUCCCGCGUUCAUCAUACCAUUUCAUAAUCAUUUAACAAUUAGGAAUGACCUCUUUUACCGGUUAUUAUGUAAUUAUCAUUAUCUUCCAAUCGGUUAAGACCAUAAUUGAUAUUCUGAUGUUGAUAAAUAAAAUCAGCGUCAAUUUGUGCGCCUUUUUUUUAAAAUUUUAUAUCAUCAAUGCUACCAUUAGUAUUAUUACAUCAGACUGGGGAGUGUUUUUUAUAACAGAUUUAAAUUGUUUUACAGGUAUUAUUUUCGAAAAAUCAAUUUUUAUUACAUAAUGUUCAUUUUCUUUUUGCUUUGAUGGUUUUAUACACUUGACAAUUUUUAAUUGUUACGUAUACAUUGUGUUGCCUAUUAAAUAGGGUAAGUUGGCUGCUCAUAUUUUGUUAUCGUUUAAAGUUGAGAAGAAAAACGUUGUCACCUUAUAUAUUAAGUCCAGUUGUUGUAUUUCUUCUAUAUAUACACAUUUUCUGUCUUUAUGUUUUAUGAAAUAUGCACAUAUAUAUUGCCUUUAUUACAUAAGUCAUUGUACGCCAAAUGCUAUAUAUAUAUAUAUAUAUAUAUAUAUAUAUAUAUAUAUAUAUAUAGUAGCCUCUUUUAUUUUCUGGAGGUUCCAUUCAACCCGGUUCAAAGAAUACACACAUUUCAUAUAUACAUUAAUACCAACAUAAAUAUAAUAGAUAAUUUGUAAAUGUAUAUGAAUGGUUGGUGUUCUUUUAUAAUUUUCCAUAUGCCUUUUUUUCUCGGUUUGAAUAUGUAGUACUAAUGAUUAAACUAUUUUAUACUUGUACCACAAUUCUCUAUAUACAUACACAUUAUCCUGUUUUCUAUGAAUUUUCUGAUUCUAUUAAUGGGGAACAAUUUUAUUCAUGCUCCAUAAUUUGUAACUUAUCCUAUUAUACGUAAAUACAAAUGUAAUGUGCCUUCUAUUUUGCUGCAAAGAAUAUAAUAUUGUUGUAUACGAAUAAUAUCUAUAUAUAUGAUCGGUAUAUUGUGAAAUUUAGGCAACAUAUUAUUUACGUGUAUGGCUAUUGUUAUCAUGCAUUUAUUCUAUCAAAAGGAUAAUUGAACUUCUUAUACAUCUACAGGCAGGUACAUUAUCUUUUUGAAAUUAUUUUUACUGUAAUGCUCAUUCUUUCUACGUAAUUUUCCCCGCCAUUCAUAGCGCCGUUAUAAAUACAUAUAUGUAGUUUUCAUUUAUUCGACCAUUUCACCAUCCCCUUCAUUAUUAACUGGUUCUAAUUGAAUAACGAGUGAUUAUCUGUUAUCUUUUGAAAUAGUCUUUUGUUUUAGGCUGAAGAAGAGGACAAAUUAGGUCCACGGUACAUUUUUUUCAUAAAUAAUUCCUAUUUAUUAUUGUUGUCUGGACCAUGGAAUAUGUAGGCGAAUUUUGCAGCCAUUUUUUAAAGUGUUAUCUGUCUUCGGCAUACUUUCCACAUCACCUCAUGUGUGUUAUUACCAUUGCUUUCUACUCAUAUUGAUGAGGAGGAUGAUGAUAUCUUAUUGGAUACUAGCAAAGAAAAAUGAAUUAGUCAGUUAACUGACAAAAAGACAAACAUAACAUGUAAAUACCAAGUUUUUAAUUCUUCAUUUUAAUAACACUAUUACAAAUAUUAGUGCUACUAUAAUUAUUAUUCCUAACUUUUUUCAUAACACAGUUUUCGUUCAAUAAAUUUUGAUAGUCAAAUCUAAAUAAAAACUAAUUAUAUUC